AUGUGCGUGAUGCGUCCGAUCCUGGUGGUUAUGCUCUUCCUAUCCGGGAUCGAGCACUCAUUUGGAUCCGAAGAUGUAGUGCAUCACUCCGCUCAUAGAAUACGCAACCACAGAGCUAGCAGACGACACCGGGCAGUUAAUGAUGGCGAGCUGCAUUUUGAACCGGAGCCGUAUAGCAAGAAUCUGGAAUUGAAUACUUCUGGGAAAAUACAUUGUAAGGUUGCUGGCGGCGUUGCUCCAACAGUACAAUGGUUUUUGAACGACGAGGACCCACUACCAGAGGGCGUGACCUCCGCGAAUGGCACGCUGAUGGUAGCGGACGCGGAGAGGCGUCACUCCGGACAAUACACCUGCAAGGCGGUCGAUGGAGACCGAUCCAUUACUGCUAAGAUCAAUCUUGAUGUUGUUGUGGCGCCCCGAGUAGUAGAGCCGUCCCCCGGACAACAGAUGCACGUCACAGUCGGUCAGACCGUCGUCCUCCACUGCGUGGCCACCGGGGACCCGCCCCCCACCACGCACUGGGAUGGGAGAAACCUUGAUAAAUUGGGGAAACAACGUGAGUCCCUCCUUCUUUUUUGA